AUGGAUGAACCAAGGUACCAGAAUCCCCAAGAAUUGGAACUACUGUCCAGCACGGAGCAAGGCAUAGAAAACCCCAUCCUUGUGAUCCCCGCCUCUCCAGACGAAGAGGCCACGGACGACACGAGCCUUGCACCACACACGAUACAUGAAGGGGUCUUCUGCGAUGGGCCGUCUUGUGGCAACAAUUCUGACCCAAAACCUAUCCAGGGCACGCGGUACAAAUGCGCGACAUGUCCGGAUAUGGACUUUUGCUUGGACUGUCUGCUGGACGACGCGAAUCCUCACACCAAGACACAUCCGCUUCUGAAGUGCACAACACCAUCAGCACUUCCUAGAUACCGAGAACAGUUACAAGCUUCCCAAACGAAUAACAAACCAAGCGAGAGAGGCGACCCGGUGGUGCGACGGCACGAGUUACACAGUAUUCGCUUCCAAGGUAUCCAGAACCAUGUCACCCGAACAAUACUGAGCGAUGUAAUGGCACGCGACAGCGAUGAAGCUAUAAAAGACCCCGCGGUGCGGCAGAUGGUCAACGACCGAAAUCAAGUCCUGUCACGAGCGGGCAGAGAAACAACAAAUGCCCUAGAUGUCCUAAAGAGGGACCGGCCCGAUAAGGAACCCCUCUCGGACGAGGUGAUGGACCGCAUCGCGAUCUCCUUCGUGACUGAGGAUUCACCACAGCCCAGGGAAAAGCAGAGUUUAUUGGAUAGCGCGGAUCAGGAAGAGAAGUGGUCCCAGUACAGACACCAUCAUUUUAUCCGUCGAUGGGGCCUGUUCAGCGAGGACGAUGGGCGAGACGAGGAAUGGUGGAUCGAAAAUCCGGAGAUUUUCGAUGAAGAGGAUCCGCGCUAUCUCUGCGAAAUGUGUCGUCAUAUUGACUUUAAGGCGCUGUUCACACAAAGAGGCCUGCCAGGCAACACCGCACCCGGACCAACCGACAUCACCAUAUACGGGCUGGGCCACGUAAUGGCCGGGGAUUGCGCAUGUGCAUUCUGUCGGCUCCUACGAAGGUCAUUCAUAGAGAAUGGAUUGCCGGCCGACGGUGGUCGGGAACUCUUCGAUGGACAGCAGAUGACGCUAAAGGUUCUGGACGAGGGGCCAGAGUGUGGUCUCCGGCUCGAAGUAUCGCUUUCUCUCGGACUUACUCACGACCAUUAUGACUCGCUGCCUCCCAUACUGAUUCAAUGGGCUGAUGGUGGGGAUGAACAGCAUCCCGGAGGGCGAAUGAUACGGCAAGAAUCUACCGAUUUAACACUUCUCAAAUCUUGGGUUGACACCUGCGACCGCUGUCACUCCGUCCCGGACAAACAGCACUCGAAGGAUGUGAAGAAAAACACACUCCAGCUCCGUUUCAUCGAUGUCCACGCGAAUCGCAUAGUGACACCCGAAACACUUCCCCGAUACGCCUGCCUAUCGUAUGUCUGGGGAGGUAUCAGUGGGACCCAGUACACUUCGGACACGAAAGCCGACCUUGAGGCGAAAAACGGGCUGUACCAUGCGUCGGUGACGCUGCUGCCGACCAUUCAAGAUGCAAUGAAAGUGGCGAAAGCAAUUGGGAUUGACUACCUCUGGGUCGAUGCUCUGUGUAUCCUUCAAGAUAACGAAGAAGACGUAGGCCGAAACGUCGCCGGUGCAGGAUUAAUCUACAGCGGCGCGGCGCUGACUAUUAUUGCCUCCACCAAUUCCAAUCCGAGCCACGGCCUUCCUGGGGCUAGCACCGUGCCUCGGUCGAAAGGCCAGAAUCGAGAGACAGUUCAAGGGAUGUGCUUGGCCACGGUAUUCCACAAUCCUCGGAGACAACUGGAGGACAUUGAAAAUUCAGUAUGGAACACUCGCGCAUGGACAUAUCAGGAGCGACAACUGUCCCACAGGACCGUGUACUUCACUGAGUCGGAAAUGGUAUUCAUAUGUCCCCACGCGACCUGUUUCGAGGACACUGUACCAGCAAUGAAUUUGAACUGGACGCCAUUGCCGAAUAAUGACCUCCUCCAUUCAGACCCCCGUGGGAUCGAGUUCCAGGUGUGGUCGGACCCGACGCAGCGCCAGUUUCCAAACAAGGCCUUUGAGACGAGUGGUGGCAGUAUAACCAUGGUGGCCGUCGAUCCGGAUGAGCAGAAUGGGCGCGCGCCAUGCUCCGACCCUGCCCCAUUGUACCGCAUCACUCGACUCUCGGGGCCGCACCUCCCCGGUCGACUUGAAGAUCAGGCCGAGGCCAUGACCCCAUGGAAGAGGUACACUAACGCAGUGAGCCAGUACACAAAACGGAUGCUCACUUUCGAUGAAGAUGCCGUGAGAGCUUUUGCUGGUAUGACGGGCUUGAUCGCCAAGGGGGCCAACACGCAGUUCUGGUACGGCAUGCCCGAGUUUUUCUUUGAUCGAGCGUUACUCUGGUACCCCAAACAACUCGUCAAAAGGAGAAGGCAGGGUGAACGCUCGUUGUUUCCCAGCUGGACCUGGGCUGCGUGGCAAGGUCCUAUCCACUACAGAGGCAAGGGGUGGCACAAUUCGCAGUACCAUGGACCAGCCUCGGUCAUCAAGUGGUACCAAAACCUGACCCGGCAAGAAUUUAUUUCUCGAUGUCCGAUUGAUACUAGCUCGGGACGCCCCAUGGAGGAGGCGAUCGACGGGUCCGAGAUUGAUCGGUUCCUUUUUCCGUUGAACCCUGACGAGGUGAACAAGGUCACUGACCCGUCCGAUGGCUGGAUAUCGAAGUUUGACGAAACCUCCAACCAGCACUAUUAUACCCAUGAAGCGUACCCAGGACUCAUUUGUGAUUACCCGGUUUAUCUUCCAGGUCAGGAUGUUCCAGAGCGACCGGAUCCCGAAGGGGUUCUGUACUUCAAUGCCCAUACCGCAGAGAUACAGCUGUAUGAUGUGAAUACUGUUGGCUCGCCAGCAGAGCCGCCCGGGGAUGACUUCAUCCAGAUUGGGUUCCAUGACGAGAGUAGAUCAGCAAACUACCGCCCUCCAUGGAAACGCAUUCUCUACCAUCAAGGCUACCGAUGUGGCUUUCUUGUCCUCAAUAUUCCAGAUUCUCUCCCCGAGAUCCCCACCCCUGGUGACAAGGGCUUGAUAUAUAGGGCGCUGGAUCCACGACAGGCCCAGUACUUCCUAUACAAAGAGAGCCAAGAGGACGACCCGCUGGCUUCAUAUGACGCACCUGAUCCCACAGCACCACCCGAUGUCCUACCCAAGUCAGAAAACGGCGAUCCCCAUUGGGACGAAGGGCGAUUUCCGACCGCGAUGGCGUUUCCGAUCUAUAACGUGCUUCUCCUUCGAGCCAACGGGAGGUUUUCGGAGCGGGUGGGUGUUGGCAAGAUUCAUUUCCAUGCAUUCCACCUCGCUUCUCGCAAAACUCGUCUCGUCAUGUUGAAAUGA